AUGGCUCCAACAGAUGGAGGCAAUCGCGACUUUUUGGAUGCGCCGUACGCGCGCACGCUGGCGGUGGGGGUGGCCUGGAAUUGGUUCUGCACGGUCUAUGGACGAGGCACCUUCGCGCACGUGACCUUCACCCUCCUCUCCAUCUUCUCCGUCGGCAUACCCCUCGCCAUCUUCGGAUUUAUUUUUGAUUCAUGCUACAAGAGGAAGGGACCCCAAGCCAAGUUCUUCUUCUUUGUGCUGUGGCGUGUCGUCUUCCUCAUCUUCCUCCAAGUGGUGCACCUGGAAUGCGGGCAGUAUCUGCUGCAGAGGGACUUGGCCAACGCGCAGGUCUACUGCGAUUCGUUCGUGGCACCGCUCGACCAGUACAAGGCCGAGGCGGGCGCCUACCCCGCGCGUCUCUCCGCCCUGCCGUUCUACGCCGAGCAGCUGAAGGCCGAAGCCAACAAGACUCUCGACGUGCCAUGGCUGCUGAAGGAGGCGGUGAAGGAGACCCCCAAUGGCGACGACGUGCAGUUCUACUCGGUGGCCAGCGGCGGGCAGAGCUUCACCUUCCACUUCGCCGACCCGUCCGCCAUCGACGGGCAGCAGUACGUCUACGACAGCACCUCUGCCAAAUGGAACCUCGUCAAUGCCACCUCCACCGCUACCACUGCCCCCACCGCCACCAACAAAAAGAAGACCACCGACGCUUCUUCUUCUUCUUAG